UCUGUAUAAGAAGAGGUUCCAAAAUAUGGCGGGAUUUUUCCAGGCUCUGGGAAAUAUAACAGCCACAAAUCCAACGAGCACUCUGUUUCUCCUUCCAUACGCCAUCAUUGGUUGGUUGUCUCCUCAGUCCUCAUGGCUUUGCCUUUCAAGCUCCAAAAGAGUAGUUCCAUCUUCCUCAUUAGUUGUUCGUGCUGUGAAAGAAGAAGUGAUUCAGUCACCAAAUUCAGAGUCUACCCAUGAUUCUAUAGCUGCUACUCCUUCCUCUUCCAAGCUCGUUCUUGUUGUUGGUGGCUCUGGUGGUGUUGGGCAGUUGGUAGUGGCAUCAUUGCUUGACCGGAAUAUCAGGUCACGCUUGUUGCUACGAGAUCCUGAGAAAGCAACAACACUGUUUGGCAAACAAGACGAGGAUAAGCUGAAAGUAUAUAAGGGGGACACUCGGAACCCGGAGGAUCUAGAUCCAUCAAUAUUCGAGGGAAUCACACAUGUGAUAUGCUGCACAGGAACAACAGCCUUUCCUUCGAAGCGAUGGGAUGGAGAUAACACACCAGAAAGAGUAGAUUGGGAGGGGGUGAGAAAUCUCGUCUCUGCAUUGCCUUCAUCAUUGAAGAGAAUCGUUCUUGUUUCAUCAGUUGGUGUAACCAAGUUCGAUGAGUUGCCAUGGAGCAUUAUGAAUCUUUUUGGUGUUCUUAAGUACAAGAAGAUGGGGGAGGAUUUUGUUCGCCAGUCUGGUCUUCCAUUUACCAUUAUUAGAGCUGGUAGAUUAACUGAUGGACCUUACACAUCAUAUGAUCUGAACACCUUGCUCAAAGCUACUGCUGGGCAACGGCGUGCAGUUCUUAUUGAUCAAGGCGAUAAGCUUGUUGGAGAGGUAAGCAGACUCGUAGUCGCAGAAGCUUGCAUUCAGGCAUUGGAUAUAGAAUCUACUGAAGGUCAAAUUUAUGAAAUUAACUCUGUUGAGGGCGACGGCCCUGGAAGCGAUCCCCAGAAAUGGAGAGAUCUAUUCAGAGCUGCCCAAACCCAAUGACAGAAUGUUAUCCUAUUCAUUGAAAAAUUAGUAUAAAGUGCUAUAUCGCAAUAUAAAUUGUGUACAGUUAAUUAAAGUUGCUAAGCUUUGAAACAUGCUUAAUAUAUUUUCACAUUUUUAGUUUA